CAUCACCUCCACAGCUCGACAACCAUGCCGAUACUCGGGACCCCCGUUUUGCUGUUUUGGCUCAUGUGGGGCCACUGCUGCGCUCUCAGCGGAAAAGUGAACAAGCACAAGCCGUGGAUAGAGACAUCUUACCAUGGUGUGAUCACAGAGAACAUGGACACAGUGCUGCUGGACCCUCCACUGGUUGCUCUAGACAAGGAUGCCCCGGUCCCCUAUGCUGAGCACUUUCUUCUCACUAUUACUUUGGAGGGGGAGAUUUGUGCCUUUAAGAUCUAUGGUCAGGAUGCUCCCUUCGAGGCCGUGGUGUUAAAUCGCACAUCAGGAGAAGGUGUCCUUAGGGCCAGUGGCCCUGUGGACUGUGAGAGCCAGAAAGAGUACACCUUCAUAAUCCAGGCCUAUGACUGUGGAGCUGGGCCCAGCGGGGCCGACUGGAAGAAAUCCCACAAGGCCGUGGUUCACAUCCAGGUGGAUGACGUCAAUGAGUUCUGCCCUGUGUUUCGGGAGUCACAGUACAAGGCACUGGUAACAGAGGGCAAGAUCUACGACAGCAUUUUACAGGUGGAAGCCUGGGACCAAGACUGCUCUCCACAGUACAGCCAGAUCUGCAACUAUGAAAUCGUCACUGCAGGGACGCCAUUUGCCAUUGACCGCAAUGGUAACAUCAGAAACACGGAGCGGCUUAGCUAUGACAAACAGCAAAGCUACAAGAUUAUGGUGACGGCCUUUGACUGUGGUCAGAAGAGAGCAAAGGAGGAUGUUGCGGUGCAUAUUGAUGUCAAGCCUGUCUGCAAACCUGGAUGGCAAGGUUGGAACAAGCGGGUGGACUAUGAGCCAGGGACUGGAAGCAGGCAGCUGUUUCCCAAGAUGCACUUAGAAACAUGUGGAGGUCCCCUGUCUGGCGUGAAGGCGAUGGUAGAGCUGCAGACCAAUCACAUCGGGAAGGGCUGCGACCGGGAAACAUACUCUGAGAAGUCUUUGCAAAAACUCUGCGGUGCAGCAUCAGGCAGCACCGACCUCCUCCCUGCCCCCAGCCCUUCCACAAACUGGACAGCGUCUCUCCUGACUGACAGCGGCCGAGACAGUGACCUCAUCUACAGAUUCGACGGGCGUCAGGCUGCUAAUGUUCCAGAUCACGUGGUGCCCCAAAACCUGACAGAUCAGUUCACCAUAGCAACAUGGAUGAAACACGGGCCCAGUCCAGGACUCAGAGCUGAGAAGGAAACCUUACUGUGUAACUCUGACAAGACCGAGAUGAACCGCCACCAUUACUCUCUGUAUGUUCACAACUGCCGCCUGGUGUUCUUGCUUAGAAGAGAUUUCACUCAGGUCGACACUUUCAGACCUGCCGAGUUCCACUGGAAACUGGAGCAGAUCUGUGACAAGGAGUGGCACUAUUAUGUGAUCAAUGUGGAGUUUCCUGCAGUGACACUAUUUGUGGAUGGUGUGACCUAUGAACCUUACCUGGUGACGGAUGACUGGCCGAUCCACACCUCGAAGAUUGAUACGCAGCUGACUGUGGGCGCCUGCUGGCAAGGUGGUGAGGUCGCGACCCCAAGGUUCACCCAGUAUUUCCAUGGCAGCCUGUCAGGUCUGACAAUCCGACCAGGCCGCAUUGAAACCCAGAAGGUUAUCUCCUGUUUGCAGGCCUGCAAAGAAGGCCUUGAUAUUAACUCCCUUGAAAGCCUUGCUAAGGACAUCAAGUUCCAUUUCAACCCUGCACAGUCUGUGCUGGUGGUGGAAGGAGAGGAUGUGGACAGCAUCAACACAGCCAUGACCAAGGUCUCCUACAUUAACUCUCGCCAGUUCCCUACGCCAGGCCUCCGCCGGCUACACAUCACCACCACAGUACAGUGUUUCGGGGAGGACACGUGUCUCUCCAUCCCGGACAUCAAGGCGGUAGUGAUGGUCCUGCCGCCCAGCGAACCGAGAAUCACUAUUACAGGAUCUAAUCGGCUCGUCAGGCCUGCCGGUGACCUGCGGGCCCCGCUGGGUGUGGCACCCUUCAAGGAGCUUCACAUCACGAGCACAGUAAUGAAGGGAGACAGCUUCGGUGGCUCCCGCAGACCAGGUGUGAUGGAGGUGAUGCAUAACCUGGACUACUGUGAUGUUCUGGUAAUUGGGGAAGAACUGAAUCCUGAGAGAGAGAGUCUGGAGAUUCAUCACAGUGCUUUGUUGGGAAAACACCUGGAUGCCACCAACUCCACCUCUGGAAUAUCAAUCUAUGGCGUGGACUCCAUGGCCCACUACGAGCAGGCACUGAGACAGGUGCGCUACAGGAACUGGCGACCUGCCACCCUGAGUGAGAGAAGGUUCAGACUCACCUGCUCCGAACUCAACGGACGCUACACCAGCAAUGAGUUCACUUUAGAGGUCAGUGUUCUUCACCACUCAGCACUGGUGGCACAUGUCAAUCAUAUGGCUGCCCAACCUCAGUACAUGAGACCCGUCCAUCACCCACUCAUGAUACACACUCUAAACUCGCACAUGUCAGGAGCAGCACCUCCAGCAGCCACGGUGGUUAUUGUGGUUUGUAUCGCCGCCCUGGUGGUGAUUGUGGUGAUCGGCGUGUACAGGAUCCAUGCCACACAUCAGGAGGGGUCCAGAGAAGAUGAGGACGGGGGCAAAGACCCUGAGGAAGACUGGGACAACUCUGCACUCACGAUCACGGUCAACCCCAUGGAGAACAUAAAAGGAGCUCAGGCACUUGAUGAAGAGGUAAAAGAAGAAGGACAUGAGGAGGAGGAAGAAGAAGAGGAUGAGGAACAGGUGGGAGGAAUGACAAGUGCUGAAUCAGACAACAGUGAUGAAGACGAGGAGGAGGAAGAAGAAGGCGAGAGAGAAGAGGUGAAAGAGAGGAAGCAAAAGGGAAAACUAGAGUGGGACAGUUCCUCCAUGACAUACUAA